CAAUGGUGCAGUGUUUGAGAGCAGCUGAUGAGCGGGAGAGUGGAGAGGGAGCAAGUAGUGAGAGGUGGUGGUACGGUACACAAUCUGGAUAUUAUCUGGUGACUACCUUUCUCGGAGACAGAAAGAAACGUUUACAAUAUGGACAGGGAAGGAGCUUAUCAGUUUUCACUCCCUGCUGGUCUGCCAAGACUGCGCUACUUUACUACAAUUCAGCAUCGCUAGUAUUCAGCGUGCGCUGGGAUAAAUUAAUUAUUUCUGUGUGUUAUUGGAAGUUGAUCAUUCAAAGUGCCAAAUUGAUUUUCGACAAAAUGAGACUGCCAGCAAUGAUCUUUGUUGCAAUGUGUGUUUUAAUUUUUUAUGACAACGUGAAUGCCUUGUCAACGACAGUUUCAAGCUGCCCGGACAAAUGUGUGAAUUGCACUCAGACUGACAUGCUACUGUGGUUGACAGACAAAUGUCGGUAUGACAAGUUCCUCAGGCCAAAUUCUCAAACUAUCAAUGGUACAGAUAUGGACAUCACGCAUGUGUCAUGCCGAAUUUAUGUUUAUUUUCUCGGCUCCAUUGAAGAUCAAAACCUGCAGUUCACAGCUCACAUUGUAAUCAGAUACCGUUGGGUGGACAGUAGACUGGCUCACUCAGGUCAGGACACCAUUGAGGGCGAAGGCAUGCUGCGAGACAAGGUGUGGACUCCGCAUCUCUAUCUGGUCAACGAGCACGAGUCGAGGGUGAUGGGGUCAAGCAGGCCAGACGUGCUUGUCUCAAUCCAGCCCGAUGGAACUGUGCUCUAUUCAACACGAAUGAAAGUGACUCUACUUUGUCUGAUGAAUCUACAAAAAUUCCCAUUCGAUUCACAAAUCUGUCCACUUGUUCUAGAAAGUUGGGCCUACAACACUAGUCAGUUAACAUUGAAUUGGGAAGGCCUAUCUCCAGUGACAGUGAACAGGCGUUUGCAGCUAACAGAGUACAGUCUAGUCAACUACUGGACAAAUUCAAGCGAGGUGGUCUACUCCCCACCUGAGAGCUUGGAUGACAAAAGUGAUGAUCUUUUCUCAUCAUUCCAGUAUCAUGGAAAAUUUUCUGGCAACUACAGCUCAUUGACAGUUCACUUCCAAUUGAAAAGAGAGGUUGGUCACUACAUCAUGGAUUAUUUCAUGCCGAGUAUUCUGCUGGUGGUGGUCUCAUGGGUGUCCUUCUGGUUGGACCCGAACGCUGUUCCAGGAAGAACAACUCUUGUUCUUUCGACAGGAACAAGCACAAUGCUUACAUUCAUCACCCUAUCAAGGAAUAUUGGCAGUUCUCUACCAAAGGUCUCCUACAUCAAGGCAACGGAAAUUUGGUUCAUUGUAUGUACGGCAUUCAUUUUUGGCUCUCUGGUGGAGUUUGCAUUUGUCAACACUAUUUGGAGAAGAAGAAAAAAUGUUGAGCUGAAAAAAGUGAGCAGUAAGUAUAUUCUGAAAUCAACGCUCACUCCACAACUGAAAAGAAAGGAGUUGAACUCAAUUGACCGCUGCAACUCCCUAUCAUCCAUCAAUGAAUCCAGAUUCACCUCCGAUUUCACUAUAAAUAAAAACAAUAGUGAGCUGACAGUGAACUCUAUUGAUUCCAUCAAUAAGAAUCCAUUCCCAUUUGAGAGAUCGGAUGUUGAUAACAUAAUACUACAAGUUCCACAAAAUAAUAAUAAUCAGCCUUCAAAAGGGUUUUUUACAAUGACUCCUCAAGAAAUAGCUCAGUGGAUUGACAGAAGAAGUCGCUUUGCCUUUCCCCUCUCUUUCUUGCUAUUCAAUCUAUUCUACUGGACAUUUGUGUGGCUCUGAAUAUCAUCUUACUGCAUUUUUAUACUGUACAUUAAAAAUAUUAGAUCUAUAUACUUUCAAAUAAAUUAUUCUAAUACUUGUUAAA